UUGUUGCGCGCUGCUCAUCCCGUUUCAGUUGGGCGGCCCGUUUGGCAGUUUAGGAUGUUUUGUUGCGUCUUUUGAAGCCGUGAUACGAUAAAACAAGUAGCUGCUCACAAGUCUGCUGCUGCGUCAUUUCAAACUUCUCUUGGUGGAGUGGCGACUGAGGAACCCAAUAGGUUCGGGGACGUGAUGUCCGCUUCCAAGGCGAAAACUUUGCUCUUCGAAGACGGUGAUGAACCCAAAAAGGAGCCUGAUGAAAUUAAUCCCUUCUCCUUCAAGGAAUUUAUUCGAAGUAAAAACCAGCCUCCCACCGCCAGACUACAUGCAGAGAAGAGAAAGAGCAGUGCCUUGCCGAAGAAAGCAUUUUCAAGUACCUUAUUACUGGAUGAGUGCACAGUCAAUCCCAAAGUGUCUGACCACUGCAGGAAUUACCAGGAGCCAUUUUUCUCAGAUCUGAUAAAUCUCCCCUGUACUCAUGGAGAAGAUAAUGAGGAUGAUGAAAACAAUGACGAUGAAGACGAGCCUGAUGAAGAUGAUGAUUGGAGAGGGAGCUAUCAGCCUUCUGCCUUUGAAGAAGCUCACAAUUUUGAACUUUCUGCUGUGUCAUUAAACCCAUCUUCUGAUAGUUUCUCCUCCCCUUCACCCGAGUGCUCAGAUGUCCCUGAGUCAUAUGCCUCAUGGCUGACCAGCAGCAGCUGUGUGGAUGAAGCAUCGGAAUCUCUUAAUUGCAGCAACGUUUACAGGAAGGAGGAGGACAGCAUGGUGGAAGGGGCGCUGCAGCCGACAUGGAAUAGAAAUGGAGAUCAACUAAGAGAAGAAAAUGAAGAACUCAAAAGACAAAUUAAGGAACUGCUGCAUUUAUCGAAAUCAGAAAAAAAAAGAGUAAAGCGAUUAACAGAUGAACUUCACAAAAGAAUAAUAAAAGAUGAACGGGAGACAAAGACCCUGGAAGAUAUGGUUCAGUCUGUGGAGCAACAUCUGCAGCUUAUGACUAAACGUGCUGUUAAAGCUGAAAACCAGGUUGUGAAAUUAAAGCAUGAAGUCGUACAGCUUCAGAAUGAACUGCAAAAUUGCAAGGCAGAAAAUGAACGACUUCGAGCUGGAGAGACCGUUAGCUUGAACACUGCAAAGCAAAAUGCCCUGCUGGCCUCUGAGUAUCUUAGCAAAGCUGCGCACAGUGCUGAAGCGUCCAUAAAACAACUAAUUUCCGGAGCAGAAACUUUGUCCAUGGUGUCGCAGCUUCUCCGGUCGAUUGAUAGCAUUUCUGAAGUUAAAAGUGAAGAUGAAGAGCCCUUGCCGGAAUCGUAACUGAGGAUUCAUGGGUGGCUGCCAUUGACACUAAGAGCACUUUAUUCGGUCGACUGUUUCCACUCAUUUUAUGACUUUCCGGUGAGAUUGUUUUAACAGAAAUAUUUAAGGAAUUCUGAUCCUAUUUUACUGUAUAUUUAUUUGAGAGUCCAGUUUCAGAAUUACUGCCUUUUUAUGCAUUCUUAAAAUUUUCAUCCCAGAGUGUAUAUACUUAAAUUGUUUACAAUAUAUAAAUUAAAGUGGAUUUUGUUACUUUGUCA